AUGGCGAUGAAGGUGCUGGUCACAUUUGCCAUCACAAUCAUGUACCUUUGGGCCAUCGCGUACCUUUGGGCCAAAAACUAUGAAGCAUUAGAAUUGCCAAGGCAAACUAAUGUCUGGUUGACGUGGGCUAACGUUACAGGCCAGAAGGAUUUUUGUAUCAGCAUGGCUUUGCCAGGAGAUCCUUUUCGCACUUGCCUUAUUGGGAUGCUGUUGGUAGAAAAUGAGACAGAUUUUAGUCAAUGGAUAGAUAUAGCUCAUUAUAAUGCUAGUUGUGAUAUACCCCAGCGGGGUUUUGGGAUUGAUUAUGACUGCGACUGCUUUGUCAAGGAUGGGAGUCCGUUCCGUUACAUCUCAGGUAGCAUUCACUACUCACGGGUGCCCCGGUAUUACUGGAAAGACCGCUUGUUGAAGAUGAAGAUGGCAGGACUUGAUGCCAUUCAAACGUAUGUGCCGUGGAACUACCAUGAAACCCAGCUGGACGUGUAUGAUUUUUCUGGUGACAAAGAUCUAGAGUAUUUCCUACAGCUUGCUAACAACACUGGUUUGCUGGUCAUCCUGAGAGCCGGACCUUACAUCUGUGCAGAAUGGGACAUGGGAGGUCUUCCUGCAUGGCUGUUGGAGAAGAAAUCUAUUGUUCUCAGGUCUUCUGAUUCAGAUUACCUGGCAGCAGUGGAGAAAUGGAUGAGUGUCCUUUUGCCAAAGAUGAGGCCUUACCUCUAUGAAAAUGGAGGUCCAAUCAUCAUGGUGCAGGUAGAAAAUGAGUAUGGAAGCUACUUUGCUUGUGACUAUGACUAUCUGCGUUCCCUUCUGACGAUCUUUCGCCAGCAUCUUGGAGAUGAGGUGGUGCUGUUCACAACUGAUGGUGCAAGUCAGUUUCACUUGAAGUGUGGAGCUCUUCAGGGUCUUUACGCAACAGUGGACUUUGGCCCAGGUGGCAAUGUCACAGCAGCGUUCUUAGCUCAAAGGGGCAGUGAACCUACAGGCCCUUUGGUUAAUUCUGAGUUUUAUACUGGAUGGUUGGAUCACUGGGGGCACCGUCAUUCUGUUGUGCCCGCGCAAACUGUAGCUAAAACACUUAAUGAAAUCCUGGCACGUGGUGCAAACGUUAACCUGUACAUGUUUAUAGGCGGGACUAACUUUGCCUAUUGGAACGGUGCUAAUAUGCCCUAUAUGCCACAGCCCACUAGUUAUGACUAUGAUGCUCCACUGAGUGAAGCGGGGGAUCUGACAGAAAAGUAUUUUGCCUUGAGGGAAGUCAUUGGUAUGUAUAAACAGUUACCAGAAGGUCUUAUCCCUCCGACAACACCCAAAUUUGCAUAUGGGAAGGUUCGCUUGCAGAAGGUGGGCACUGUGGUGGAGGUUCUCAACAGGCUGUCACCUGGGGGACCUGUGAAAAGCACCUACCCAUUAACCUUUGUGCAGCUAAAGCAGUAUUUUGGAUUUGUACUGUACAGAACUACACUUCCAAAACACUAUAUGGAACCUACACAACUAUCUUCACCUUUAAAUGGAGUCCAUGAUCGUGCCUAUGUCUCUGUGGAUGGG